AUGCCACUUCACUCCCGCUGCAUCCUCGUCUUCCCCCUGCCCUGCACGUCGGACGGAGCUUCUCCAAAUCAAUCUUGAAGGGGAGCGAUUCACAUCACAGGAGCGAUGCCGCUCUGCAGCUUCUACGCCUCCACCUCCCUCCCCGUCGCCAAGCCGCAGCAGUCCGUCGCGUCCUCUAAUAAGCCUCACUCCACCGCCGCGGCCUCCGUGGCGACCACCGCGCCGACGCGCAGCGCGACGGCGACUGUGUCCACGGCCACGGCGGCGCUGUCGCUGCACCUCCCCGAGCUGCCGUCGCAGGUGAAGGACAAGAUCCUGAGCCUGGAGCUGAUGGGCGUGGACUACGGGCGCGCGCUGGAGCUGAACCCUGCGCUCCGCGACGCGGCGCCGGAGUCCAUCCACGCGGUGGUGUCCUUCCUCCAGUCCCGCGGGCUCCACUUCAAGGACCUCGGCCGCGUCUUCGGCAUGUGCCCGUCCGUGCUCACCGCCAGCGUCCGCGCCGACCUCCGCCCCGUCUUCGCCUUCCUCUCCGAGGACCUCGGCGUCCCGGAGUCCGCGCACCGCCGCGUCGUCGUCAAGUGCCCGCGCGUGCUCGCCUGCAGCGUCCGCGACCAGCUCCGCCCCGCGCUCAUCUACCUCUGCCGCCUGGGCUUCCGGGACACCCGCGCGCUGGCGCUGCAGGACCCCAUCCUCCUCGUCUCCAGCGUGGAGCGCACCCUGGCGCCCAAGCUCCAGUUCCUGGCCGGGCUCGGCAUGUCCCGGGACGACGCCGUCGCCAUGGUGCUGCGGUGCCCGGCGCUCUUCACCUUCAGCAUCGAGCGCAACUACAGGCCCAAGUUCGAGUACCUGGUGGAGGCCAUGGGCGGCGGCGUGGAGGACAUCAAGGCGUUCCCGCAGUUCUUCGCCUUCAGCCUCGAGAAGCGGAUCGCGCCGCGCCACCGCGCAGUGGAAGAGGCCGGCGUCACGAUGCCGCUGCCGGACAUGCUCAAGGCCACCGACGAGGAGUUCACGGAGAUGCUCGAGAAGGAGCGGAGGCUGCAGGAGCAGGCCGCAGCGACAGACUGAGCGCGCCGCCAUACCCUGCACGACGGGGUACGCUUCGUGUGCUUUUACUGGCGCGGCGGUUCGCGCAUGAUCCUAGGAAUUCAGCCGCCGUUUCCAUGGCGAGUGUCCUGGCCAUGCCGGUAGCCAAGUAGCCAUUUGAUUUGAAGAACUAGCAGCCUGUACAUAUGCAUUGAUAUUAUUUGGUGGUCACGGCACGUAGCUAUGAGAGAGAUGGCAUUCCUUUCUGCAAUUUGUAAGUACUGAGCAGCAGGUCGUGUCUUAUGUACAUAUGCUAUGUAUCAAGUAUUCAAGUUCAUCAGAUGUAAGAUCGUAUGUAUAGUUCUACUCAUAACACGCGUGCUGCAAAGUGAUGUCAAAAACUACGGUUAAAAACACAGUGUGUCACAUGUCUGAA